CAAUAUUGGAAUUUCCUAUUUCCUGUGGAUUUGGGAAUCCUCCACCUUUGCUGUCUGGGAAAUCCUCAGUGGUGGAUUUCCAGGAGCCUGAUUUGGUUAACCCUGGUGUUAACACCAAAGUUCUGGCCUUUGUUCCCUAGCUCUGGGUCAGAGCUCAUGUCUAUGAAUUACUCAGGCUUCUGUCUCUUGAAAAGGGUUUACAAAAUCUGGCUCUUACUUUUCUGUACCAAGUUCUAUCAUUUCUUGCAGGAUCAAGAGCUAUAUGCGUGGAUAGUGACAUCCACAUGUUUGUGGAGCUGCAGCAACAACAGGGGCUGUUCCCUGGUGGGGGUGGCCAAAUGGGAGCUGAGACACUCAGAUCCCAUCAGUGCUGCUGCCUGUUGGGAGUGAGCAUUUUGUGCCAGUGAAGGAGCAAUUGGAGUCGGAGAAAUGACCAGCAACAGUCAGAGGGUAGCUCGGGCUGGAAAGGGCCUCAGGAAGCCUUUUCUCCAAGGUGCUGCUCAUAGCAGGGUUGUCUGUGAGAUCAGAGGAAGUUCUGUUGGGUCUGGAAACCAUGCAGCCUCUCAGGUCAGUUGGUUGCAGUGCUGGAUUGAAGGAAUGAGGAAGCUCCUCAGGCCAGUAAGUCUUUCUGUGUCUCUGCUUGUGCGUGUGCUAAUGUCUAAAGCCACAGAGGAGGUCACAGUGUUAUGGCAACAGUGGAUUUCCAGUUUGCGGACUGAAGAUUCGUCUUCCAACUAUAUCAGGCAACUUGAAACAAAAGUGAAACUGCUGGAGGAUGACAACAAGCUUCUUUCCCAGCAGUCCAGCACGGGCGACCUGAGGACUCUGAGGAAAGGAUUGUCCCCGUACCACUCUGAGUCACAGCUCUCGUCACUGCCACAGUACCAAGACGCCCUGCAAAACGGACCAGCUCGCAUGACAUCUGAUCUUGCAUCUUCUCCUGCAGCGGGUUAUGUCCCUGUGGGUCAGAAGCCAGAGGCUGUGGUGCAUGCUAUGAAGGUCCUUGAGGUCCAUGAAAAUUUGGACAGGCAAAUGCAAGACAACUAUGAAGAAGACCUAAGUGAAAAGGAGAAGGCGAUUGUUCGUGAAAUGUGCAAUGUUGUCUGGCGAAAGCUGGGUGAUGCUGCGAGCUCCAAACCCUCCAUCAGGCAACAUCUGUCAGGAAACCAGUUCAAGGGCCCCUUGUAGGAACACAUUCCUGGCAACUGGAAGUGAUGGAUUCUGUGAAGACUGAAGAGGCAGAGCUCAGUAUUUCUGGCUGCCUGUUCUUUGGGAGUUGGGGUUGAGUUUUUUCAGGAUUUCCUUUUUUCUUUUCUUUUUUUUUUUUUAAACUUUUUUUUUGUAACAAUAGUGUAAAUAUGGCAGCUAAAGGCCUGAUUUCCAGGCUGUGGUGCUCUGGAGCUACUGUUCACUGGGUAACCAUCCAAAAAUACCAGACUUGCAUCAUUUUUAUUGUAGUUCAAACCUGCUUUGUUGUAAUGGUCUGUUUGUAGAAUUAACUAACUCAAGAGAAUUUCUAAGAGGAACAAGAAGAACCCUUAACCUGCGAAGAAUUCACCGUUUGUAUUGCUCCUGUCCACCUGCUUCUCAGUGAUUCAUAGCUGGGUUAGUAGCUCCAGGCAGCCAAGGAAAAUACAAUUCAAAUUCAUUGGCUCACUGCCUGCCAAGUUUAUGAGCUGCUAACACUUUUUUGGAGGUCCUUAUUUUGAAGAAUGACAUGCAACUGUUUUCACAAGGCUCUGUGUAAAAUACUGAGUGGCAAGCUAAAAACACUUGUACUGCCCUACUUUGUAUGGUGGUACUCAUCACACAAGUGUACAUAAAGGCUUAAGACUCUGUAUCAGGUGUUAAUGAACAAUUUUUCGUGAUCAAAUGACACAAGAUUUCUGCAGUCGUAAUGUGAUUGAAGUCACUUAGCCACACAACGUUAUUCCCUACAAAAUGGCAACACUUUUCUUGUAAAGUUUUCACUAUGAAAUAAUUCAGCAGAAACUACUAUCCUGACAGCGCUUAUGGCUUUCACAGGAUCCUCAAAAGCAGCUCAUCUUUCACAUAAGGAAGAUUUGGGUGGGUUUUUUUAGUGUUCUUGCUGGACUCCUCACCUAUAUUGGUUCCUGUGUAAGGUAACCAAACAACAACCUCACAGAGCUGAAUAAAAACUUCAUAAACAUGGGCUGUCAGGUGAGACUACUUCCUGCCAUUCGAGCUUUAUUUUUGUUAAUGAACCAAAACAAGUGGGUUUUUCCUUCUUCAAAUGGUUGUAUAUAAAACAGUGGGACUUACAUUUUGCUAUUGUGGAGUAGCUGCCUGUGUAGUUGUAAGAAUUUGACUCCCUCCUUUUCCAAGUUGUCACAGCAGCUGUCCCUGUAUUUCGUUAGAUGUUCUUUCCCAAUAGUCCAAGGAGGUGGGGCUUUGUUAUUAGAACUCAUUGGUGUAAAAUAAUUUUAAAGACAGGCAUGUGAAAAGAUCAAAGCCUCCUCUUCAAAAGUUGCAUCGAUUUUAGUGAUUAGUUGGAGGAUGUAAUGACCUCAAACACUUUCUUUUUGUUCUCUACAAGAACCAGUCACAGCUACAGACAGCUGUAUUAGCUGGACAGGUUCUUCCUCUAAAUUAAUUUGUUCUACCAGUUGAGUUCUUGACUUGUGGUAUUGUAUUACAUGGAGCACCAAUAAAAUACUAAGGAACCCA